UUGUAAUGAUAAUAAAGGAGAAAUAUGCCAUUAUUGUUGUCUGGUUGUAAUCCUUCCUUUCAUGGAAAAAGGAGAGCUCUUACCAAAGCCGAUGGCAAUAUGGAUAGAGCUUGACAUCGGUGAGAUAGGACGAAGCAAUCGAUGGCAACAGUUGUAGUGAGGCGAGGAGGAUGAUGAGAUGCGUGGGAUGUUGGUCUUCCAAUCCGAUGAGGAAACGUACUUACGUGGGCUUCGAUUGAUUUGGCAACCCGGCCUUCCUUCUCUACUCUCCAGCCGCCAACUGUGCGUGAAUCGCCGGCGAGAUUUCCGAGUCACUGAUCCGAGUUUGUUACCACUGCACCAAUCCCUCCCUAUAAAUCUGUCUCCAACCCUCGUGUCUCUUCGUGGCAUUCGUCCUGAUCCAUGCACCGUUGGUGGUUCUUCCAUGGAGAGUGCUGCGCUGAAGAGGGAGCAGAAGGAGGAGGCAACAAAGAGAGCCCGUGGCAAGUACCUCAAGAUCCAUGUCGUCUGCAAGGCGUCGGCCGCUCUUGCCACCCUCGUCGCAGCGGCGCUGAUGGGGUUCAACAAGCAGAUCAGCAACGUCGCCGGGUUCGAGAUAAAGGCCACCUACAAUUCCUCGCCGGCCUUCAAGUUCUUUGUGAUCGGCAAUGCGAUUGCAUGUGGGUACUCGGUGCUGUCCCUCCCUUUCGCUGCCCAUAUGGUGGAGGGAUGGAUGCUGAACCUAUUUGAUCUGAUGAACCUGGGACUGGUGAUGGCCGCAGCAUCGGCGGCCGCGGCGAUCGGCUACGUGGGGAAGUACGGGAACGAUGAGAUUGGGUGGACGAAGGUGUGCCCAUACUACGAGAAGUUCUGUGGAAGAACUGAGAUCUCCAUUGCCUGUUCCUACGUAGGGUUUCUUCUGUUCCUCUUCGUAUGUGCCAUGUCCUCGGUCUGUAGAAGCAGAUUAAGCAACAGUGAUUGAUCCAAGCUCUGUGCUUCUCUAUCUUCUUCUUUAGAUGCCUCACUUUCUGUAGCUUGUUGGGUUUGAUAGG